UAAACUUUUGUAUGUUUAGAACGUGUCAACCACCAUAUCCAUGUGUCUGUCAGAGAACUUGACCCUUCCAUUAUCUGUCUCUCUGUGUAUUAACUUCAAAUCGGUGAGGAAGAUUAAGCACUUUAGUAUCAGGUGUAUAUAUAUGAAAGUGAAAAUAUAGACUUUGACAACAGAAAGAACUUGAAACAAGUUGAAAAUGGCGGCAAUAUUAUUCUUGGCAAAGAGGGUUUCUAAAACUUCAGCUAGAGACUUCCCCAAUUGUUUCCAAUCUGCAACUCGUUUCCUCUCCACUGCUUAUGAACGUGCUGAAGGAAGCAAUGCGGUGGCAGAAACAACAAGGACAUCAAAUGAUCCCAUAGGUCAAGGAAUGUAUGAAGCAAAACAAGAAGCCCUUGAUGUGGACGAGGGAAGAGCGAGUGGUCCAACAGGGUUUGUAGCAGAUACAGCUAAAAAGGGAGUAAAGAAGGCAGUGGAUAUGGCGGAAAAUGUUGGAGACACCGCUAAGAAAACAAUGGAUGGUGCUUGGAAAGCAGCCAGAGAGGGUGCUGAAAGUGACAAGAAAACAGUAGGUGUUGAUGAUGAUGAUUAUUAUGAUGAUUAUAACAUUCAUGAGGAUCCAGCAGUUCUUGAGGUCCAUAAGAUUGAUGAUCCCAUUGAUACUCAAGAAUAUAGAAGCAUCGAAGCAGUGAAUAAAGCAGGAGGAUAUGAUAAGGUCCACUAUGGUUAAAUGAUUCUGGUUUUCAUUUUGCUUAAUUAUAAUGCAUAUCCACAUUGUAAAAUAUACAUA